AUGGCACUCGCAGAUAUUGACCAGUCGCCUUUCGAGCACCUGUUCGACUUAGAAAGCAUGCCCGCGUGCCCCGACAAUGGCGACAUAGACGCGGCAGUCGAUUCGUUUCUCAAUCUCCCCGCCACAGCCUUUCCGUGGACCCCCAGCGACAACAACGCCGGGGCCCUCAAACCCGAGGCUCCAGUAGCCGCGAAUCUUGGUGGUAAGCCCGCCGGAAAGAGCAGCGGGAAGAGCGGAAAAGCGAAGGCGAAAAAGGCGGCGCAGCGCGAGACGCAGAAGCAGCUGCUCGCGGCAAUCAUGGAGGCCCUCGCCGACUCAGACGACACCGACGAGCCGUCCUCGCCAGAAUCCCCCGUCGCCCCUUCCCCCGCCUCAGCAAAGCGCGCCAAGCAGGCUCCCGGCGACGUCGCGUCGUCCCGCCGGUUACCGCAAUUGGACAGUCUGAGCAACAGCAGCCCCGCGAGCAGUGGUAACCCGUCGUCCGCACUUCUCGAUUCGUUCCUGGGCCAGCUGCCGCAAGUGGAUAUGCACCUCGAUGCGAUCAUCGCCGCACUUGACGGGCCGGCAGCCUACGCGGCGCAGCCGGCGGCGGGUCAGACGGGGAGCAGCAGCGCAGCGGUGGCGCAGCUGCGGGCUCGCAAUAACGAAGCAGAAAGGGUGCUUAUGCGCAGCAGCAGCACCAGCAGUGUGGACAGCUCUGUCGCGGAAGCCGCCGCUGCCGCCGCCGCCGCGCUGGCCGCAGGGUCGCGGAAGCGCAAGGCGUCGGAGAGCGAGGUGGUUUCCCCCGCAGCGGCUGUUGCCCCUAGCGCAGCCGUGGGCAGUAACGAGGCGGAGGUUUCUCGCCAAAUGCGCCGCGCGCUUGGCGCUGCCAUCCUAAGCAGCGGACCGUGCCCCGCACCCGCUGCUUUUCCCGCUCCCGCGCCUCCCCCGGCCGCGCUGCCAGUGGUUAGUCACGCCUAUCCCCUCGGAAGGACCGUCGGCCAUCACGGUCCGCUGCAGAUGCCGAUUUGUCUGCCCACCGCUCCUUCCGUCGCGCCUGGGCCCCUAGCUAUCUCCGCGCCUGACGCAGCAGCUUGCAUGAACAAUGACAACUCAGAUGAUGACAUGGCGGGUUUUGGCGGAAGUCCCGCGUGCGGAGGCGCCAAUGGUGCAGCGGAUGAUGGGGAUGAUUGGAUGCCGCGCAGCCGUGGGCGCAAGGACCGGCAGGUGGCGGGCGGGCGCAUUAAGGCGCGGAGCAUGGCGGAGAGGCAGAGGCGGGAGAGGAUCAGCGAGGGUCUGCAGAAGCUGCGCAUGGUAGUGCGCGGGCACGGGGACACGGCCACGAUGCUUGAUAAUGCCGUCGCGUACGUGGACGCGUUGCAGCGCAGAGUGGAUCUCGUAUAG